GUACUGCAUUUAUAAUCUUAUAUGUUCAUAUUACGCUUGCGCGUUAUCAUAGACCAAUUGUAGCAUAGAUUUAACAUCUUAUGGAAUUUAAUGAUAUGAUUAAUUGAAAUACCGAUUUAAAAAUAAAAAAUAUAAAUAACAUUAUUGUAUUUAUAAAAUUUUUAUCGUUUUUGUAAAAUCAACUAUUCAUUGAAUUAAUAAUAUUAAAAGAAAUUUAAGAAAACAUGUAAGUUUCCAAAUUAUAUAUCAUAAAAAUGCAUGUCUAGAUCUUUAGUUAGUUUAUCUUUAGUUUUUCUAAUAUCCAUAAAUACUACCAUAAACAAUAAAUUAUUAUAAACUUUUUUUCGUUUAAUAAUGCAUUUCUCAUUUUAUUCUGAAUUAAUAAUUUCGCAUAUAAUUCGAAAAUGGGAUUAUGAAUAUUUUAAAUCAAAUGACACAAAAAUCUAUUCUACAGCUAAUCUAUGGUAUUAUUGUGUCUUGGCGGGAAAUAAUAAUUUGCCAUUUUAUAUAUGAUGUUUAUUGUCAAAAAUUUUGAUAGGGUUUGAAAAAAUUUUAUAAAUCUUACUAUUUUAAUGUUAUUUAAAGAUAUUUUAUUAUUCAAUUUAUUUUAUUUCUAUUUUAUAUAAUGCCGGCAAAAUAUCCAUCUGUUCAACAAAUGAUAGUUAAUGUUAUUAAAAGAUUUAAAUUUGAAGAUUUAGAAUCAUCUGUAAUGCCAAUUUUUCCAGAAUUAUCAUGGACUGAUGUAAGAUCAAAAUUGGUUAAAAAUCAUAAAAAUUUUACAUCAGUUAAUGUAGCACAAAUUGUUAAAAUAGUUAUUACUGAAGCUAAACUUCAGAAGAAAAUUUUAAGAGAUCGAUUAUCAAUAUUACAAUUAAUUGAUAUAAGUUGGCAUAGUAAUAAAAAAGUUUGGUAUGGUUACACAUUAAUAGGACCUACAAAAGUUACAAAUUGUAUUAUAAAUAGAGAAGUUCAAAAUAUUAUGCAAGAUCAUUUUGAUUCAUUAGAUAUGAAAAUUAAUGUAAAAAUAAAUGCACAUAAUGGCAUUAUAUAUGUUUCCUUAACUGAAAGUAAAACCAAGAAAGGAAAAAUUCAAUAUGCAAUUCCAAUUUUUUUUGCUUUAUUUGUGGGUCAAAGAUAUUUUUUUUCUACCAAAAAACAAAUUUCAUCUGAGAUUUUAGAAGCAAUAGUAAAAAGUUUGGGUUAUACAGAUUCUAGAAGAUUUAAAUUAAUGGGUAGAGAUCUUAAAUCAUUAAGUGAAUUAUGUUGGAAAAAAAAAGAAGGAACAAUAAAUUCUGAAAAUAUUAAUAAAAUAUUAAUAUUUAAAGAUGGUUCUCCUGAUAAAAAAGAAACAGGUAUAGAUUUUACUCAACAAAAACAGCGGAAAAAAUAUGCAGAAGCGUGUUUUGGUGAUAAUCCUCCUAUUUUAGAAGUUCUUGUUGUAAAUGGACAUAGUAUACCUUUAUCACAUAAAGAUAUAUUGGCAAAAUUACCAAAUGAAAAUAUAGGUGCAACAUGGGAAUUUCGUAGUCAUAACAUUGUUGCAUGUUUAACAAAAUUAAUAGAACGACGUAUACUUAUUACACCUGUACCUUAUUAUAUAUCAAAUUUAUUGACAUUAGGAAAAAAUGAAUUAAUUCUUAAAAAUGAUUGACAAUUUAGUAUCAAAUGUCAUAUAAUACUAGCAUAAUGUUAAUGCAAAAAUUAUCUAGUUUAAUGAUUAUAUAAUUAUUUAAAUUUUAAAAGACAAAUUGAUAUUACAUUUUCUUACAAUAUUUAUAAUUUAGUGUGUGCAAUUAAUCAAUUUUGAAAUAAUUGUUAUGUACAAUUUAACAUAAUUUUUAUUGAAUUAAUAGUAAACAGAAUAUAUUAUUCUUUUUUUAAAAUCAUUUUAUAUUAAAAAAAAAGGAUAAAGAAUAUGUAUAUUAUUUCUAAUUUAUAAUCUUUUAAUUUUAUUGAACUGACAUAUUUUUUAAAGUAUGAUAAAAAUCUAUUUAAAAAUUGUAUAAAUUAAUACUCUAGUUAUAUUUAUAUGUGUAUAUAUAUAUAUAUGUAUGUAUAACAAUAAAUUGUACAAUAUUAUGA